AUGUACUUCUCCAAGACUCUCCUUCUUCUCCUGGCCCCUAUCGCCAUGGCCGCUGAAGCUGUUACCUCUUCAUCCGCAGCAAGCGUAACCAGCACCAUCACCCUGUAUCCUGCCGGAUACACCCCUACCAGCUCAACUCCUACCCCCAGCUCAACCCACACCCACACCCCGACUCCCUCGUCGACCAAGACUCCUCUGCGCAGCAGCACCCGUACCCCCAGCCCUAGCUCAAGCAUUAUUGUCAAGCACAGCACCUCUAUUCCCCUGGUUAAGACUACCGCUACUGCUGCUGGUACUGAGCCUACUGGUUCUUCUCAGACAACUGGUGCUGCUCCCGCUGGGUCUUCCACCCCUGCUUCUGGCGCUUCUUCGCUCCAGAUGCCUGGUGCUGUUGCCGCUGGUGCGCUGGCUGUUGCCGGUCUCUUGAUGAUUUAG